AUGUCUGACAACUGGGGACCGCUAUGCCCAUUGCCUGGCGAUCAGUUCUUCCUUUACAAAGGAACUGAUGGCUCCAUCUUCUACUGCAACCCGGGCCAGCCAGAUGCCCCUAUGCAUCUCCUCGUGCCCUCCCCUUAUCCCUCGAACUAUCGCGUUGAAGUCUGCGUUGCGGUGGAUGUACUGGGCACGCAAGGCGUCGACGGGGCCCCGACCGUGUCCUCCGACUGGCCUUACGAGCACUGCUUCUUCCCUCCAGCUUUCAGGCUUGCGGUUUGUCGCUAUGCAAGGAGAACCGGAUCUAUUGAGAUCUGGGAGAUAAGGGCAGAGGUGGAGGGAGGGGCCAUUGGUUACUCGUCCCGCCUUCUCAAGUCGUUUUACGACAAUGUCCGGCCGACAUGUUGUUCUUUUCUCGGCGACCAUGUUGCGUACCAUUCAAGUUCAGCCAGCGCAACAAGAAUUGUUGACUGGACGGCGGUCAUAGACGAAGGGCCUGUCCUGGGAGUCAAUAUAGCACUUUCGUCACCCUUCUCCAGCCUUCUGCUCCCCCAUCGAAGAAUUCUCGUGCACUCGUCUUAUAUCUACAUUGCUGACUGGAAAUCAUGCAACCCGUCCGAGGCGUCACCCACUUCGCGGAUAAGUCCGCAAUGGCAGUCCACGGAAGAGUUUUGCCAACCCCAUCCUUAUUCCGUCCCAUUUUACAUUGACAGCUCCAUUCGGUUAAUUUUGUAUAGACUGCAAUCUCCUGCCCUGACUGGGGUCAUCAUAUCCACUGACCCAGAUGUAGCCGUUUCGGACACCGUCGUGCUCGCGCAGCUUGCAGACAAGCAACGCGCCCACCUCCUUUGUUACAAGCGGCCAGGCGACAGCCUCCCGGAACCAUCGUUCUCCGAGAUUGCGUUUCCUGAGGACACGUAUACUAUCUACGUCGACAAAGCUCGUGCCCGCUCACGAGUGGUCAUGUUCAUCUACAAGCGACCCUGCAAGACUACUUUCUUUGGAUAA